CUUUGAUGCGAAGGGUAACACGCUAGAUGUUGCCUGGCAGGUAGAUUGACAGCUGGAAGGGGACCGGCGUCCAGAGGUGUGCAGGGAGCCGUCAGUAUGCCUUAUCUACUCAUCAGCACCCAGACCCGCAUGGAGAUUGGACCUACAAUGGUGGGGGAUGAAUUUUCUGAUCCACAGUUGAUGCAACAACUGGGAGCCACAAGAAGGAUAUUGCCAGGAAAUAAUUUUACAGAAUAUUUUGUUAAGGAACCUCCACGUGUGGCUUUGGACAGACUGGAAAAAAUAGGAUACCGUGUUGUGAGCAUGACAGGCGUGGGACAGACUCUCGUAUGGUGUCUUCAUAAGGAAUAAAUGCAUCAGAGUGACGCAAAUCAGAUCUGUGGCUAAUCGUAUUGCA